ACUUCGCAACUUCCGCCGCUGCUCAUCCACAUUCCGGCCUCAAAAUCGGUCACUACCAUUGCAAAUAGCUGUACUGGAGCCAUGGCGGACCUGGAGAACAACAACCUGGAAACCCAGCUCCGGUCAAUGAUUCUGAACAAUGUCACACUGACCGAAAGCCAAACCAACACUGGCGGUACUACUCACGAAUCCAACCAGCAUCCCGGUCGAGGCAGAGGUCAUGGUCGUGGUCGUGGUCGUGGCCGUGGAGCCUAUCGUGGCCAAGCAGCCCGAGUUGGCGAACACAACACUGGUCCUGCAACACCUGCCCAUGAGAAUCCUGAAUCGUUCGCUCCCAGAGGCGGAAGAGGUCGCGGCUGGAGGAAUGGCCCAGGGCUACGAAAUGAUAACAACCCAUCUGCCCGACCUCAAACCACCGGUCCUUCAGCGACAGGAGGCCCUGCACAACACCCACCCAGGAUACUCGUGCGACCAACAAACACAUCCGCACCGUCGCAUGCUUCAUCUAGGCCUUCUUUUCCGCCCCGUCAACAAAACCCAAAUCACGUACCAGAGAAUCCGGCUCUCCAGGCUGACCACCUGGAGCGUCUUGCAUCUGAAGAGAUUCCUAAAGCGGAGAUUUCGCCCCUUGAACUUGAAGAGAAGGAGGCGUUCAGAAGGGAACUGGAGUCAAUCUUGCUCAAGGCUCUUACUGACUCCUACUCUGGCAAUGAUAUUGCAAACAUCAACUUGGUCGGCUUUGGCAGUCUCUCAUCGGGUUUUGCUACUGCAGGGUCCGAUAUAGAUCUUGCUCUGGUACCUUUCUGGAAAGACCCUGACCGAUCACCCAACUCUAGCAUCGCUAAAGAGCUCCCGCGACUCUUCGAGAAAGCUAUACUGGAUAUGAAUAUGGGUGGUCGACUCCUGACGCGAACACGAGUGCCAAUUCUGAAGGUGUGCCAACGACCUGGAGAAACUCUGGCACAAGCUCUUCUGGAGGAACGCAAAAAAUGGGACGAUCUGCCGGACGCAGAAAAGUAUGCACCACCACCUCCAUUACCAGACAAAUCAGCACCAGUCGCAGAAAACGAGAGCCCAAACAAGCAGCCAGUUCUCAAUUCGGAUGACUUUCCCUCUCUCGCGGCUGCACGUAAAGACACGAAGAAAACACCGAACAAGGUUCCAAAAUCAGAACAGCCCGUAAGUAACCCAACCCUAACUCCUGCCAAUCCCCCCAAAGAGCCCCCCAAAGAGCAGCAGCCUCGCAUCAACAAGGUUUUUCGCCGAGAGAAGACACUCGGUCCCCUUGACUUCCCAAAAGCCGGCGUCGGCAUCCAGUGUGACAUAAAUUUCGAAAACCCGCUUGGAAUCCACAACACACGCCUUCUCCGCUGCUAUUCCCUCUGCGACCCGCGCGUGCGCCUCAUGGUUCUGUUCGUCAAAGCUUGGGCCAAGCGCCGCAAAAUCAAUAGUUCCUAUGCCGGCACCCUCUCCUCCUACGGCUGGGUGCUAAUGGUCCUCCACUACCUCGUCAACGUCGCCCAACCCCCUGUCUGUCCAAACCUCCAGACCAUGUGGCGACCACCGCCCAACCUUGACGCAACCUCCUUACAGCGCGUGAUCGAGCAAUCUACCAUUGCAGGCUACGCCGUUCGCUUCCACGACGACGAAGGCGAUAUUGCACUUGCUGCCCGCUCUGGCAACCUCACCCGCAACACCCAGAGUCUCGGUGCCCUUCUUCGCGGCUUCUUCCAAUACUACGCUUCCCUCCCUCACCAUGGAUACGGCCCGCGCCCGUCAGCUUUUUUCUGGACCAACGAGGUUCUGAGUCUACGUACACCAGGCGGGAUCCGCACCAAAGCCGAGAAAGCAUGGACAGGCGCCAAAACCACCGUGUCAAAUGGAAAGGAAGUCAGGAAUCGCUACCUCUUCUGCAUUGAGGACCCGUUUGAGCUCGAUCAUAAUGUUGCGCGAACCGUUACCCAUUUUGGUAUCGUCGCCAUCCGUGAUGAGUUUCGUCGUGCUUGGAGGGUAUUGCGCGCCAUUGGAAGGGGCGAUAUGCCUGAGGGCGGACUAUUUGAUGAGAUUGUGGAGCCUGAAUCUCCGAAGCAGGAGGAUAAAGCGGCUGGCACAGACGCUGAGCCUGUGAUGGGCAGUCAUCCUGCUGAUGAGGAUGCUCCAACGGUGGAUAAGGCCAAUGCUAUCGGACAAGGACAGCAGACAGGCGAUAUCGCGGCAGUUGUGGCUUGA